AAUACCAUAAUCAUCAAUCUCGAAUUCCACUAAGUCCACUAACAAAACCAUAAAAAAGCCAUCGACAUAAACAUAAAGCAUAAACUCAUCCAUGAAACUCUAUCCGCAUAUAACAAAGUUCAAAAACCAAACAAUGAGAUGCGCACUUCUGCCCGGUCCCAAGUCUCAAAAGAAAAAAAAAAAAAAAAAAAAACCAAAUCAAAAACGAAAGAGAAACAGAACAACAAGACUGGGAGCCGGGACAGACGCGAUUGUAUCAAGCAAGAUAAAACAAAUCACACACACAAAGUUCACAACAACAUCAUCAAGCUGAUAAUUCCGCCCUUGGAGAUAAAAAGAGAAGAGGGAGGGUCAUCAUCAUCCGGAUCUUUUCACCUGUCGCCCGAUAACAAGCAUAACGCCAUUAUUCUGUUGCUUCUGGCCAUCCCCCGAAAAGAGAUAAGGGAAAUUCCACAUGCCGUUUCAAGAAAGAGUUCAUUAGAAACAGUCACACUGCGAAUCCACUCGGCUAGCGAGAAUAUGCAAUCGGCUUGGAUUCGACUGCGACUGGAGUCGACGGGGUCAUCAUGUCUAUAUCAUGAUAAGGGUUUUGAAGGAGUAUUGAUAGGGUAGUCGACAAUGCAAUGUAUCGAAAGUCGACGAUUAUCGAGAUUAAGGUA